UGUGACUCUUUUCCUCCAAGGGUAGGCGCGGUGAUGAAAGGCUUCGCGCGUGCGCUUUGAGUGCGUGAGGCGACGCUGCGCUUCUUUUAUUUCCAGGCCCGGUCCCGGAUCCAGAGUGGUGGGCAACUGAAGAUCGAGAGCCCCCACCAUCAUGUCGCGGUUUUUUACUACUGGCUCAGACAGUGAGUCAGAGUCAUCACUCUCUGGAGAUGAGUUGGUGGCCAAACCUGUUGGAGGCAACUAUGGGAAACAGCCUCUAUUGCUGAGUGAAGAUGAGGAAGAUACAAAGAGAGUUGUACGCAGUGCAAAGGACAAAAGGUUUGAAGAACUUACCAACUUAAUCAAAACAAUCCGGAAUGCCAUGAAGAUCCGGGAUGUCACCAAAUGCCUGGAGGAAUUUGAAUUGCUGGGCAAGGCUUAUGGGAAAGCCAAAAGCAUUGUCGACAAGGAAGGGGUGCCCCGCUUCUACAUCCGUAUCCUAGCAGAUCUUGAGGAUUAUCUCAAUGAGCUGUGGGAGGACAAAGAAGGCAAAAAGAAGAUGAACAAGAACAAUGCCAAAGCCCUGAGCACCCUCCGUCAGAAGAUCCGAAAGUACAACCGGGAUUAUGAGACCCAGAUCACAGGCUAUCGCCAGAACCCUGAGCAGUCAGCUGAUGAAGAUGAGGACAAGAAAAGUGAUGAUUCAGAGGGAUCCUCCUCUUCAGAUGAUGAUGAUGAUGAAGGAAUGAGUGCUGCCGCUUUCCUGAAGAAAAAGGAAGGGGCAAUUGAGGGACGUGGCAAGUUCCUCAAAAAGGUGGAGCAGGAUGAAGAUGAGGAAGAGGAGGACUCUGAUGAUGACGAAGACUGGGGCUCAUCAGGUUCAGAAUCAGAUUCGGAGUCAGAUGAAGAUGAGGGCAAAUACACGUCCUUGGCCUCGAAAUUUCUUAAGAAACCUGGCACUGAAGAAGAAAAAAGGGUCAUGGAGAAGAAACGAGAAGAGAAGGCAAAGAAGAAGCAGGACCGCAAGUCCAAGAGAUACGAAGAUGAUGAAGAAGACAACGAGGGCGGCGAGUGGGAGAAGGUCAAGGGUGGUGUCCCGCUGGUCAAGGAAAAACCCAAGAUGUUCACUAAAGGCACAGAGAUCAACCACGCUGUGGUCGUGAAGAAGCUGAAUGAGAUCUUGCAGGCCCGUGGAAAGAAGGGCACGGAUCGGGCAGCACAGAUUGAUCUUCUGCAGCUUCUGGUUGGAAUUGCGGCAGAGAACAAUUUGGGUGUUGCCAUGGAUGUCAAAAUCAAGUUCAACAUUGUUGCUUCGUUGUAUGAUUAUAACCCCAAUCUGGCUACAUACAUGAAGCCAGAGAUGUGGCAGAAAUGCCUGGAAUGCAUUGAUGAGCUUCUGGACAUCCUCUUUGCUCAGCCCAACAUUUUCAUUGGUGAGAACAUUGCGGAGGACUCUGAGAACCUGUCCAACAGCGAACAGCCCUACCGCAUACGUGGUUGCAUCCUGACCCUCGUGGAACGGAUGGAUGAGGAGUUCACCAAGAUCAUGCAGAACACAGAUCCCCAUUCCCAAGAGUAUGUGGACCACUUGAAGGAUGAGGGCCGAGUAUGCAAAAUCAUCAACCGAGUACAGACCUACCUGCAGGACAAGGGGACCACAGAGGAGAUCUGCCGUAUCUACUUGCGCUGCAUCCUCCACACCUACUAUAAGUUUGACUACAAGGCUCACCAGCGCCAGCAGGGGCCAGCAGGAGACAGCAAGUCUGAGCAAGACCAAGCAGAGAAUGAAGCUGAGGACUCAGCGGUGCUGAUGGAGCGUCUCUGCAAGUUCAUCUAUGCCAGGGACCGGACAGACAGAAUCCGAACCUGCGCCAUCCUCUGCCACAUCUACCACCAUGCCUUGCAUGACCGCUGGUACCAGGCUCGAGAUCUGAUGCUGAUGAGUCACCUGCAGGACAACAUCCAGCACGCAGAUCCUCCAGUGCAGAUUCUAUAUAACCGGACGAUGGUGCAGCUAGGAAUCUGUGCUUUCCGCCAGGGCAUGAUUAAGGACGCCCACAAUGCCCUCCUGGACAUCCAGUCAAGUGGGCGAGCCAAGGAGCUGCUAGGGCAGGGCCUGCUCAUGCGCAGCAUGCAGGAGCGCAACCAGGAGCAGGAAAAGAUCGAGAAGCGCCGCCAGGUCCCCUUCCACAUGCACAUCAACCUGGAGCUUCUGGAGUGUGUCUACCUGGUGUCCGCCAUGUUGUUGGAAAUCCCCUACAUGGCUGCCCAUGAAUUUGAUGCCCGUCGGCGCAUGAUCAGCAAGCAGUUCCACCAUCAGCUUCGUGUAGGCGAGCGCCAGCCACUACUUGGCCCUCCGGAAUCAAUGAGGGAGCACGUGGUAGCAGCAUCCAAAGCUAUGAAGAUGGGUGACUGGAAAACCUGUCACCGUUUCAUUGUCAAUGAAAAAAUGAACGGGAAAGUCUGGGAUCUGUUCCCGGAGGCUGACAAAGUCCGCGGCAUGCUUGUCCGGAAGAUCCAGGAGGAGUCUCUCCGGACCUAUCUUUUCACUUACAGCAGUGUCUAUGACUCCAUCAGCAUGGAGAUAUUGUCUGAUAUGUUUGAGCUGGACCUGCCCACAGUGCACAGUAUCAUUAGCAAGAUGAUCAUCAAUGAAGAACUCAUGGCCUCCUUAGACCAGCCAACCCAGACGGUCGUGAUGCAUCGGACGGAGCCCACAGCCCAGCAGAACCUGGCGCUUCAGCUGGCCGAGAAGCUGGGCAGCCUGGUGGAAAACAACGAGAGGGUCUUUGACCAGAAACAAGGCACCUACGGGGGUUACUUCCGGGACCAGAAGGAUGGCUAUCGUAAGAACGAAGGAGGCUACUUGCGGCGUGGAGGGUAUCGACAGCAAGAGCGACAGAGUAACUAUUGACCCUCACUGCUGUAUUUGGAGCUUUCUCAUAGGGAGGUUGUCUUAUUCCAGUUACCAUGUUUCCAACCCACUGAAUAAAGAUUUUGUUGGAACCCUGA